GCCGUCAUGUCUUUAUCCGGUCAAUGGCGUGAUAAAAUUUGAUGCUUAGAAGAGCACUGUUUUGCGAAUUCUGUACAAGUCAUUGCUUUAAUUUAGACUCCAGCUGCUCUAGACGUCUAUGAUCUGAUCCUAAACGCUUUAUUUGCUUCCAAAGGAAGCUGGCAACACCCUAAAACGGUGGACAACUUUUUGUGAGUCGAACGUACACGUCGUUCUAUUAUAUAAACGAAAUUGUAUUGUUUUAAAUUUGCCUUCGUAUGCAAGUUGAAUAAAGGUGGCUAGAAGAUUUAAAUACCGUCCAAAAUCGUGUUAAAGGCUUUGGGUGGUUUAAAAGAGGUAUAGUACAGUAAAGAGGAGUUGUUUUCGUAAAGCAGAGCAAGCGAAUUUCACGAGUUUAGUUUGUCAUUUGGUCCAUAGAAAUAGUUCCCUGUUUGUGUAUUAUUCGUCGCUCAAACUAAACUAGCUCUAUUUUCUUGCUCUGCUUUGAUCAGAAGGAAACAACCGUUUUAAAUACGAUAAAUUUUGAAAAUAUCUUGCCCUAAAUUUAGCUUUUUGUAGUAUUUAGGCUAUAAAGUAGACAACAUAUUUAUGAACAGAAAUUUGAAUAUUUUUCCCGACUAGACUUGAGACUUCGACCAGACGUGGACGGAAUGGGAAAAAACACGUUCCCUUUGCCAUUUCCUCCCGUGUUAGUUUAGUCUGUAGAGUUUAUAAACAUUGAUUUUGAUAGCUUUUCAAGACUUUAAGCGUUUGGGGCUUUUAUAUUUCGUAUUAAAAUGUGGUAAAAUUGAGUCAGCAAAUUGUUGGGUCACAUCAUAAUACAAAUAUUAUUGCUUCGCAAAAACACAAUCGGCUUGUUUUGAUGUUUUUCUGUAAAUUUUGUGCCAGGGCGGUCAUGCUUUUGUGUUGAAAUUUAGGUUAUUAAUUGUAUAUUGUAUAUCUCAGUGGUAUUAUUAACAUAUUUCCAUAUAAUGGCAAAAUUUUACGUAAAUAUCAAUACUAUAGUCAUGAAAUGGACAAUAUUUUGGAACAUUCUCGUGGCGAUUCCCCUGUACGUUUGUAUUAAAUUUCAUGAUAUUGUUAGAUCUACUAAGAGCCAUUUUAAACGCAUCAUUUCUUGUUAAAAUUGUGGUAUGUUUACAGAGCCAUAGUGGGAUUUGUAUUUGAGUAUUAUUUUCAGGUCUGAGAUAAAGAUCUCGAUAUUUUAAUCUGCCCAUUUUUGCCAAUGAACGGCCCAAAUUUCGCACGCUAGUGUCAUUGUGUUUACAUAUGGCCACUUUUAAAAAAGCAAGCUAAGCAUUUAAUGCGUACUCGAUUACUGAUUUGCCAACGUUUUACCAAGGUUGAUAUAAACUUCAUGUAUUUUAUAUAAAUUGUAUACAAAUUGUUUUUUCCACCUUCUGCAUUGUUCAGAUUUAUCUCAGAGCUGUUUCGUUUUAUCUUAAAGCUGUUUUGCCUUGUUUUGUCUUACAGCCAAAAUCCUAAAUCUGGUAGAAUAGUCAACUAGACAACAAAAACUACAGCGCAAUAAUUUCCUUAAUCGGUCAUAAAAUAUGUGCAAUUGUGCACAAAUUAUAAACCCUUUGUCCAUACUAUUAUUUGUACAUGGAAAAGAUUUCCAAAAGACAGCUUUGAAACAAGGUUUUUGUGACAUAAUGUUAUGUAUAGGUUUGUUACGCCUGUGGUGACAAGCAGGGAUGUCCAACAUGGCGAUUCAAUGUUUGGCUUGUUUUAUUAUAGCAUUGGUUAAAUUAAACAUUGAUUGCUAUUGUGUUACAACACAGUGGUGAUUAUCAGUCUUUUAUGAACAUGGGUUUUUUCCAGCUUAUAUAGAGAUUAAAAAUAUGUUAGCCUCCUCAGAGCAUAAGCUUAUUGGGAGGGUAACAUGAUUGCCCUUUGGCAUGAUUAUUCAUGUAGAAACAAUUUAAAACAAUCCUGUAUUGUGUUUCAUAAUUACCCAUUAAUGUUUGCCUCAAGGUAUGUUAUCAAAACUUCCUGAUGAAAGGUCUUUGCUCAAAGCUUUGAACAGUUUUUAACUUUUUCAACCAUUUCAGACCAAUUACAGACCUGUCAACUCUCCCGACAUAGCUGGGAGACUCCCAGUAUAGACCUGUGAUCUCCCGGUAGUGAAAAAUUUCUCCCGAUAUUGGCAAUUAUCCUGAUUUCUUGUCGAUCUUAUUGAAUUUUAUCAAAAAAUAUCCACGCGCGGCUGCGUUUCGUUUCAUCCAUUUAUUGUAAAUGUAAUGACUUCAUUUUAGAUUCUAUAAUGUUCGGAAAGUCAAAGUAUUUGUUAAAACAUGUCUUCAUGUUGUAUUUUCAGUCCUAGAUAGUGACCAAUUUAACAUUAUUCAAGGUCUUCUUGUGCUGCGAGUGUGUAGCUAGGAGUUUGAAUGAGCCACUAAUCUGAUUGCUCUAAUGAAAAGGACUUUGAUGGGUUUUCUCCCUCUAAACAGCCAAUUCUCCCACCAAAUUAAGUGUUUAAUUAAAUAAGAAUUCUCCCUCUAUAUCAGUCGCUAAGGUUGGCAGGUCUCCAAUUACCAGAUAAUUUGAGAUAACCUAGGUCAUGCACCUUUAUGCAGACAUAUUUAAGACCUUGUUUACAUUGUAUAAACAAUAUGAAAACUUCAGAUUGAUAGGGCGUAAAAAAUAACUGUGGUUCCUGACCGACCCUAUUUUUUUCUGCCGACCCUAUUAUUUUUUCAAUGCGAUUAACUGUGUGACCCUAUUUUCUCCAGGUUGUUGCGGGCUGCUCAUACAGCGUGCCAAAAUGGCAUCUGUUGUCACACUAAUUAUUGAACCAAAUUCGUCCAUAGGAAAUACGCAUCUCUAGUUAAUAUUGAUGUCGCGACUCUACUGCAAAUCGCCCAGCAAAAAAACGCCAAAACCAUGAAAAAAAUAUUUUUAAAAAAAUUUAUUUCCGACCUACCGACCCUAAUUUUUUCACGAUAUGAAACCAGAACCACAGGUAUUUUUUUAUGCCUAGGGAUGCAACUGCCUGAAAAUACAUGUGAAACUUCAUAGCCAAACUAACUUUCCCGACGAAGAGCCUUCACUCGAAACGUCUAGUUUUAUUUGUAUUUUUCAAGUAGCAGCAUCCCUCUCAAUCCAUAGCUUUCUGGUGUUAUUAUCAUUACCUACACUAGCAGAGGCUGUUCAUGAUUAUAUAAACAAUUGACCAUUUCAAAGUUCAUGAGUGGACUGGGGACGAGUGUUAAAAAGUGCCCAGAUUAAGAAAUGAACCAAAUCACUAAAAAGACCAUCUCAAAAUUAAUAAGUAUACAAAGUUUGAAGAUGUUUACAUGAAUUCCCUUCGAAUAACAAGCUUUCGAAAAUCACAAAAUUAUUGAUUAAAAGAUUGUUUGCCCCAAAAACAAAGAUUACAAUACAUUUCAUAGUAAAUAUCACAAUUUUCGAAAGCUUAUUAUAUUCAAACGAUAUUCAUGUAAACGUCUCCAAACUUUGUAUACUUGCUAAUUUUGAGGUGGUCUUUUUAGUGAUUUGGUUCAUUUCUUAAUAUGAGCACUUUUUAACACUCGUCCCCAGUCCACUCAUCAACUUCGGAAUGGUUAAUUCACUUUUGGUUUUCGAUUUCAUUUUAAAUUUUCAUUUGAUUUAGAACUUGUUAUGCGUUGAGAAAGCAGCAAUCCAGUAACAAUGCCUAUCUCAACCCCUCAAUGGACGGAGUUUUUGACAUGUCCAAUUUGCUCGCAUGAUUUUAACGAGACCCAAAGACAACCAAUCAGUUUAGGCUGUGGUCACACGGUGUGUAAGUCAUGCCUGUCGAGUCUUCACCGGACUGUUUGUCCUUUUGAUCAGUCUGCCAUCAACCUUAAAAUGGAUGUUUUGCCGAUAAACUAUGCUUUGCUUCAACUUCUUGGAUUUGUGAUCCCAACACCAUCUUGUCCAGAUGUUCCGAGGAUUAUCGAAAACAAGGAUCAGUAUUUCUCAGCAAAAAAAUCUAUAGAAGAACUAGCGUUGUUUCUAAGCCCUCUUGUUUCGAAAAACGGUUCGCCAUCUGAGGCAACCAGCAAUGGUUUAACGAACGGUACUUUGUCUCGACCAAUGCAUCGAAAGCUUGUUACCCUCGUUAACUGCCAAUUAGCAGAAGAGGAGGGAUGUGCACGCAUUAUGAGAGCAAUUAGAAGUCUUGGUGAGAGGACAGUCUUAGAAUUUAUACUCCUUCAUCAAAAUUCUGCCCAGUUGUCGCAGAAUCUCUGGACGGCUGUACGAAAUCGGGGCUGUCAAUUUCUAGGGCCCGCCAUGCAGGAAGACGCUCUCAAAUACAUACUGUUGACGUUAGAAGGAGGUGAAGCUUUAUCAAGGAAAGUGAUUGUUUUGUUUGUGGUUCAACGGCUUGAGCAGUUGUUUCCACAUGCAUCAAAAACGAGUAUUGGCCAUGUUGUACAGUUAUUGUACAGGGCGUCAUGUUUUAAGGUAAAUAAAUUAAAAACUAACUUUGUUUAACUGUUCUCCCUAGAGGUCCAGUAAGAGUCAUCUCUUAUUGAUCCAGUGUUAUUACAAGAGGAAACCUAAACUAACUGGAUAGCUCCAUCAGUUCUAAACUGUUCUCCCUAGAGACUCAGUAAGGAUCAUCUCUUAUUGAUCCAGUGUUACUACAGGAGGAAACUUAAACUGAGCUAACUUUAUUAUACUGGAUAGCUCUAUCAGUUCUAAACUGUUCUCCCUAAUGUGCACAAACCGCUGUGCCGCCAAAUUCAUCAACAUUGUAAAUAAUUUGUGCUAGGUAACGAAGAGAGACGACGAGUCAUCACUUAUGCAAUUGAAGGAACAGGUGAGUGGGAAAUUAGUUUCAAACACACUAAUCUGCAAAUUUGGUGCAACCCUCCCUCCCUACAAUAUACCCAUGCACACACACACCACCACCACAACCCCCACAAAUUCAGCAUAAAGUAGGUAACCCUCCCAAAUUGUACCCAAAUGCACCUCAUCUUACAAGAUGAUUUUAUUGGUCAAGGGGUUGAUAAAUUGUGUGUUCAAUGUGUGUUGUUUUUAGUUUCGGACGUACGACUCAUUGAGACGUGAGCAUGACUCGCAGAUCGUCCAGAUAGCUCUUGAAGCAGGUUUGCGUAUAUCUCCUGAACAGUGGUCAGCGUUACUGUAUGGUGAUCAGGGACACAAGUCACAUAUGCAGUCUAUUAUAGACAAGGUAGGUUGAACUAAAAUGGUCUGGCCUUCGUUGGGAAACAUACUUGUAUUUGUCAGGAAUCCUUAUCAAUCACAGUUUUCUAGGAUAAACUAAACUAAAACGAACUGCAUUAUUUGUUCUGAACAUAGAUAUCUUAUAUGCACUAGAUAGUACAUCUAAUUAUUCUGCAAUUCAAAAAUUGAAGCCGUGAUUGCAGACUCAGGAUAUUCCCAUGAAAUGAGAAGAUUCGUAUGUUUUCUAUUUCUUCAACAGGGAACUUAAACAUCAAGUUAAACCUAUUCCAAAUACAUUUUCAAACUAUUCAAAUGAUGAAAGUUAUUGUUGUUUUUUAAGCGUUUAUUAGGGAGUGGGAAACUCCAACAUGGCCAUCUAUUCAAAUGGGGGUAACCGCUGGAAUAUUUUUGGCUUCAAUUUUACUAAAAGAGAUGCGCUAUCUAGUUUAUAUAAGAUAUCUAUGGUUCUGAACUGUUCUCCCUAGAGAUCCAGUAAGGAUCAUUCCUUGUUAGUAUACAGUUGGUACAGGAGGAAACAAUUUUAUUUAUACUGGACAGCUCUAUCAGUUCUAAACUGUUUGCCUCGCAAGGUGCAAAGCAGAUGCAAAAGCUGUUGUGCCGUCCACUAAAAAUACUUGAAGUUUCAUUGCGAUUUCAAAAAUUUCAUAUCUAUUUAGCUCCAAACUCCAGAGUCCUUUGCCUCGAGUAUCCAAGAACUGACGAUUGCGUUACAGAGGUCUAGUGAUCCAGCACAGCUUGGUCGUUUAAGAGAACAUUUUGAACUUUUGUCCAGAAUUGAUGGCUCACCAGGUGGGAUACAGAUUCAAGCCUCAUGUAAGGAAUUGAAGCAAAUUACUAACUUAAUCAAAUGACAAACAUAACAACAUAAAUCUUGUGUUCUUCAGAUGCCACCAUUCCGACCUGGCAAGAACUGGAAGACGCUUUAAAAGCUGUGACUGCUGUGGUUCAAGGACUUGUUGACUUUACCAAGGUGAGAAUUAACCCAAUGAGUGGCAGCACUCUCCACUUGAUGAGUAAAAUCGUCUGGCAUUAGAUAGAGUUUACAGUAAUAAAAAUGAAAACAUUGAUUUUUACAAUAUGACUUGUAUGCCAUUAUGAGACAUUGCCAUUUUGGCAGUUCAAUGAAUAAAAUGGCAGGCUAAAAUUGAUUUUACCUGCCAAAAAGUAGAUCAGUAGCUUAGGCCGCGUUAAACUAUGACGUUACGGCUAACACUCCGUUAAAAAUUUACUACGUUUCUAGUAUUAAUUAAGACUAUAUUGUGUUGACACUAUAACGGAGUGGUUUGCCGUAGCGUACUAACUACGGAAAUCAGUCUCGUUAAAAAUUCACUGCGUUUCUUAGUAUUGUGUUUACACUAUAACGGAGUGGUUUGCCGUAGCGUUUGGCACUCCGGAUGCAAUCACUACGCUAUGGUAAAUUUGCCGUAGCGUCAUAGUGUAUACGCGGCCUUAGUGCUGGUAUAUGAACGUCUUACGUACCUAUUUUUAUAUACACAGACCUUUCUUAUACUUGUUUCUUCGAACAGAGUCAUGGGAGCAGAGUAAAGACAACAUCAGAGCAACCUGUUCACAGCAAGUUUAAAACGAGUAUGUGCCGUGACUUUGCUCAACGAGGUUCAUGUCCAAGAGGCCAAAGUUGUACGUUUGCACAUUCCGAGGACGAACUUGACAAGUAAGCUUUAUUUGGCAGUUCUUAGUAGAAUUUGAGAAAACCUAAUUGUAAACCAGUGAGAUUGGAAAGUAGACCUGCAGCCAGACAGAUAAUUCUUACAGUAAUUAACAGUUUUGAAGUGUAAAUCUCUUGUAGUAGAUUUUUGCCAACCUAAUAGAGCUGUGCGGUUAACCGAAAAAUUCGGUUCUUCCGGUACUUUUUUUAGCACCGAAAAUUUAUACGCAAAAGAACCAGUAGUUUCGGUUUUAAUUUCCCGUUUAACGCCCGCUAGACGCCCACCUGAUUGUAGGUUGAAAUGUUUGGAAAAUAACAAGAUUGUCCUCUUUGUGCGCAAUAUGCACUGUACUAAGUGCUCAAAUAGUUGAUAUUUUCGUUGUGAUAGUUAUUGUUGUGAACUUGCUUUAAAUUUUUUUAAAAACUAAGAAAUAUUUCAUCUUUAUAAAAAAAUAACCAAUUGUUCUUUUAAAAUAUUUAGAGAUUUAUACAAACUUACAAAGUCAUAAAUUCAUCUAUUUAGUAAAAAUGCUCGAAACAUACAUAAAUGAGUUAAUACAUUUGUACUGUUCUUCUUUUUUGACAAUAACCGAAACCGAACCGAACAGAGGUUUUUUUGUUCCAAAAGAACCGAAACCGGAACCGAGAUUAAAUUUUUGUAACCGCACAGCUCUACAACCUAAAGUUCUCAAACAGCUUGCAAUACAUGAUCUUUGUGGUAUAGUUUCUUGCCUAUACUUGAAACAGCUGUAGUGGCCUUGAAAUAGAUGUCUUUUAUCACUCUCAAUUAUGUCAAGAAAAUUUUAUGGUUGGAGACAUUUUUAACCCAUUGCGCCCUACUUUAUUAUUUUACUCGUCAAGGGGAGAGUGCUGGCGUUUAAUGGGUUAACAAGUCGUUCAGAAACCUGAAGCCAGCAAUUUGUGUGGCCUUGGCAUUGUGUUCUAUCAAACAAGAUACUCAAAUCUUUUUUCAACAUUUUGCUUUCGAUUGUUUUAGAUAUCGUCGUAAGGCAAAGGGAGCCCGACCUGGAGGUAACGGGAUGGUGAACGCGAGAGGUGUUAUUGCUGAACAGUUGUCAUACUCGCCAUCAAAUCAUAAUGAUGAACCUGGUGAAAAUGGUCAUAGUAGUCGAAAUGGUUCGAUACGAACAUCGCCAUUGUGCAUGCAAAACAAUGGUAAGACCAAACCAUAAAAUGCAGGUUAAAACUGUCAGUACAACUUCUUGAGUUGUACUGUGUAAAUCAAGCACACAACUUGCCCACGUUGUCGUAAAUUAGUUGUGUGUUUGAUUUACACAGUACAACUCAAGUUGUAAGCAGGUUGCAUGCGACAGUUUUAGGCAAAAUGUGUGUAGUGCAAAUCUACCUUAGGUAAAAUGGAUAUACACUACACGCGUUUCGAUAAAUAUAUAAUUAAAAAAAAACACAUUGGUUUAAUGUGUUGGAGUCAUUUAUCUUUUGGCAUGAGUUCCAAUGUACUAAACGUUUUGUAUCAAACUGUCCACAGGUCAAGAUUACCCAGUGAGCACUUCGAGCUAUGGUUCGCAGUUGGUUCAUCGCGGGCACAACAACCACAAUAGCCAUGACGUGAUGGUGCAACAAUUACGUAACCUCAACAUCCAUGCUCAACCUCAGUCGAUGUAUAACGGACAAGAGAAUGGGUUUCGUAAUCCCAUAGUCACAGAUUGUCUUACGCCGCCACAUAACUCAGAACAGACCUUCAGUUAUUCCUGGAUGGGCAGAACUAAUGGAUACUCUGCUAUGAAUGGGAAUGGUCACGUGAACGGUCAUGUGAAUGGUCACGUUAAUGGUCACGUGAACGGUCACGUGAACGGUCAUAUUGAUAAUGUAGGAAGACCAGGUGAGGACUGACCUGCGAUCAGGUCAUAUUGGUGAUGUUAGACAUUAGAGGUGUGCAUCGGAUCGGAUUGGAAGUUUAUAAUCCGACAAUUGGCUAAUGUUUAAAAUCCAAUCCGAUCCGAAAUUGUCUGAUCCGAAUCCGAUCCGAGUUUUGAUAAAGAACUGAUUCCGAUCCGAUCCGUAUCCUUUAAUAAAAUAAAUUUAUCAUUCAAGUGGAAAUAUUUAACCAAAUAAUAAUUAUUAAUAUUAUUAUUAUUAAUAAUUAUUAUAUAAUUAAUUCAUUUUAUUUCGAAUAUCGAACUCCGAUCCGACUACGAAACAACUUUAUCAAUCCGAUCCAAUCCGAAAUGAAUAUUUUUGUUCCGAAAUCCGAACGAAUCGGCCGGAUCGGAUUCGGAUCGGAUUUGCACACCUCUAUUAGACAACGUACAUAAUUACACUUGAGGCAUAUAGUUCUAAAUGUUCGCGGAUUAUACAAUGAAUUACUCUGCCCAGCAAAACAAGACAAACUUUUGUUAAUCCAAUUUUCAUCGAAAUUUAACCAAAUUUAAUGUUUCCACAAACUAUAGGUCCCACACGUACUUCUCCACUUACAGUCGAGGAAGAAGCCGCUCUCAAUGGCCUGAACGGUUUGAACGGUAUUAAUGGAUUGAACGGGAUGAAUGGGAUCAUGAAUGGACAUUCCGACUACGCUGCUCAACGUCGCGUUGAAGAAAUACGCCGCCGUAAAAGCGAACUCUUGAACUACGCGCUAGAUCAGCGCUACCGUUGCGGUCAAUAUGUCCAACCAAACGGCUUCUUUCCUUCCAACCAGUUUUACCCGAACGAUGUGGGUCGCUACGGACCCGUUGGCACGCGGGUUAUACCAGAUAUUGACAGGUGUAAUGGGUACUCUCAAUACCCACCAAGCUCGUUAAGCUCGAGGUCGUUGAUCGAUGGCAGAGUUGACUUGAUUCAUACUCCAUACUUUCAUCCACAUCAUCAUUUCCAAGAUGCGAAGACUGGCUAUAUGAUCAAAAGAUCACCGGAUGACCCCGACUCUUUAAUAGAGGUGAGAUAGUGAGUGAUUAAAUAGUAUCAGAGGUAUUCACCGUUGCAGCAGUAGAGGGGGCAGGGACAGUCCCCCCCCCCCCCAAUAAUUUCUGAAGUCUUUGACCACGCUUGCCUUUCAAGCUGGGAGAGCCGGGUUUGGUACAUGGUCGAACCUCAAGGUCUUUGAAGAGAAAGAGCUACCUUUACAUUGACAUCAGUAAAUGGAUAGACUUUUGCGUCUUCUUGGAUAAGGACGUUAAAACCUCUGAUCCCCUGUCAAUAGACCUUUCCCCUUAUGAGUGAAAUUUUGAUCUAGAUAUGCCUGGGCAACAAUUUCAUCACAGCUUGAAAGAGCAUCACAAAAUUAGUAAUAUUCCGAAGUUUCGUUGCGAAAUGUUGUAUAAAAUGCGGAUAAUAUAGCCUUGCGAAAUUUGCCGUUUUUCAGUCAUUUUGCAUUACAAUCUAACAUUUUGCAUCAGUUUGACCAUCUGAUUAUCAAUUUCCCGUUUGUAAUACCAAAUGACUGAAAAACGGCAAACUUCGCAAGGCUAUAUUAUCCGCAUUUUAUAACAUUUCGCAACGAAACUUCGGAAUAUUACUAAUUUUGUGAUGCUCUUUCAAGCUGUGAUGAAAUUUUUGUCCAGACUGGUCUAGAUCAAAAUUUUCACUCAAAAGGGGAAAGGUCUAUUGGGUAAGGGGCCAUUCACAAAGGAUGUCCGAGCCAAGGGGGGGAGGGGGGUUUGGAAAAUCAGGACGAACUCGGACAUAGGGGGGAGGGGUUUUUUUUUUUGCAAUCCGGAUGUCCGAAAUUUAAAAAAAUUCAAAAACAAAUUUCUUUUUCCCUCUAUUUUGAGCAGUCCUUCCCAUUGUGAAAUUGGCAUUUUGACUGUGCGGUUAACACUAGAUUUUGUUUUAAUUAGUAAUUUAUAUGUUUUUGUAUUCACAUUUAUAGUUAUAAAAAAGUUCUAAAAGUAAAAAAAAUGUUUUUUACUCUUGACAUAUACAAGGUUGUGUGAGUUUUUGCGAGGCAUGGUGGAUGUCCGGGGGGAGGGGCGGGGGGGUCACUAAUUCGGACAAUGCCCGACAAGGGGGGAGGGGGGGUCUGAAAAUCCAUCAUUUGGCCGGAUAUCCUUUGUGAAUGGCCCCUAAUAUAGCCUGUUGGGAAAUCCGCUCACCAAUGAGUGAGAAACGCAAUAAACUCAAGAAAGCUUGGGUUUGACAUUUUCCUUUUUUUCUUAGGAUUCAGACUCGAGCAUAAAAACAGACAGCGAUUCUAAGAGUCUGUUUAUCGAAGACUCGACGGCAGCCGACGACACCACGUACACUCGGCCACACUUGAGUAGUGUUAGUAGCAGCGGUGUGAGUAGCGGUGACUCAUUUGGGAGUCAUUCCCCGAGGUCACAUUCCCCCCUCGCCUCUCCAAGACAGCAUUCCCCAGAUGUGUGGACCGGGUCAGCUGACACAGAUAUCAGUUCAUCUGUAUGGUCCAACGGAGAUUUUCCUCCCACGCCGUUUUUACCGCAGAGGUCUGAGGAGACUGACGUAGGAAAGGUCUGGACUCCUACUAAAUCUGAUGAGGUUGGGAUGAAAUCUCUUCCAUCUGUUUUAUGAAUGAUUAUAGUUUUUCUUGAAAAAUAUGGAUACUGGAUAUCUCUACCAGUUCUUUCCUAUGUGCCCAGUAUAUAAGAGCCGGUCUAGAUAGCUCUAUCAGUACUAUACUGGAUAGCUCUAUCAGUUUUAAACUGUUCUUCCUAGAGGUCCAGUAAGGAUCAUCACUUAUUGAUCCAGUGUUACUACAGGAGGAAACCUAAACUAAACUAACUUUAUUUAUACUGGAUAGCUCCAUCUAUUUAGUGGCAAUUUAAUAGAAUUUAGAGAUGUACUUUAAUUUUCCUCAUAUAUAAAUGUAAACAUUAUGUUGCCCGCUAUCCGCUUUCUGUAGACUUACUGAAACUCCGGGAAACUCACUUGACUGAUAUGCCCAUCUGCAGGUGCCCGGCAAACCUCGUGUGAACAGGUUCUUACCAACAUACAUUUCUUUUUCAGUUGCUUGGCUGGUCAGAUACCAGAAAAGAGAAAUGUAACGAAGGUGACAAGGAGCCUGCUCUAUGGGCAGCUGUGUCGAGUAAGAAAAGAAAUCACCAAGGGUUGUUGGACUCCAGCUCUUCAUUUAGUGGUUACUGGUCUGAUCCUGAAGUAACAACAAGGACAAGGUAACGGCUCUAUUCUAGUGGGUAAUCCCUUAAAAAAGUUUGGCUAACCUGCCAACUUCAAUGAUUGUGCUUUUUACAUAUGACUGGGGUAUGCAGUUCUAAAAUGUAGCCUCAUUCACAUUGAAGAGUACUUGUAGUUUCACUUACAAAACAGCAUAGGUUUCCUUCAGAUAUUCUGGUGUCCUCAUGUAGUAUUUGAGAGAAUAAGAGAUAAUCCUUACUGAAUCUCUAGGAAGAACAGUUUAGAACUGAUAGAACUAUCCAUUAUAAGUGAAGUUAGUUUAGUUUAGGUUUCCUCCUGUAGUAACACUGGAUCAAUAACAGAUGAUUCUUACUGGACCUCUUAAUAACUGAUAGAGCUAUCCAGUAUAAAUAAAGUUAGUUUAGUUUAGGUUUCCUCCUGUAGUAACACUGGAUCAAUAACAGAUUACCCUUACUGGACCUUUAGAACUGAUAGAUCUAUUCACCAUACGUUUAGUCAGUUACGUUGCUUAUUUUUGCCAAAUUUCCACUGCAGAUAUCAACAAAUCAAGGAUGAUGAGAUGAUUGCACGCACUCUGCAAAGCGACGAUGGUUCACCUGAGGUCCGACACGCGGACGUUACACCCUCGGCACCGCCGGCCUCGGAGAUAUACGAUGAUCAAACAAGUGAUGCUACGAUAGCUCUGGAGCUUCAGAAUAUGGAGAAUGAUGAACAUGGUGUGAAAGUUGAGAAAGAACGCCAGGCGUUUGAGGAGAGGAAAGAAAAGGAGAUAUUGAAAAUGAAACAGGUGUGCACCCCCGUCUAUCGGUGUUAUAGAUUACCUGAUAUAGACAUACCAGCUGUGGUCAGGGGGGAACAGUACUCCUACUGUGUGGUAAUGUCUGUUGAGGGCACUGGUACAUUUUGUACAUUGAAAGUUCUUAAAUUCUUAUGUUAUUUUCACCUCAGUUGCCUGUGAGAAGAGUCGGGCAGCUUAAAAAUAAUAGAACUAUCCACAAUAUAGAUAAAGAAAACUAGUUUAGUUAAUUAUUGAAAUAUCUUAAGAGCUGCUCUCAUCUUCGGUUCAUUAUUGAUUCAUCGUCAUCAACAAUUGAUUAAAAUUGAUUAAUCGUAUUGAAUAAACCUAGACCCAUCACAGUGGUUAAUGUCCCUUCCAAGAAGAAGGAAUGUUUUAAAGUUUUUAUUUGACAGCCAAUGAGAGUGUUAGUGGCAGCAGAGAAAUAGAAAAACAAGUCGCGUUUGUUGUUUGAUCACAUCGAUAAUACCAUCUUGUCGUAAUUUUUCAAUCCGGAAAGAAAGUUAUCCAGGUGUCAUGUUGAUUCAGAAUGAUCGAUUCUGACGAUUAAAAUUGAUCGAUCGAGGACCGCUCUAAAAUAUCUUGAUCAUGUUUUAGAUCGAAGACGACCACGAGAUGGCGUUACGUGUACAGAACGAGGAAGAGAACGUGAGAUAUGUAACAGACGAAGAAACGAUCAAACUCCACGAACGCCUUUACAAGGAACACCAAGAACGCGCCGUAGAACUAAGCAGUAAAGAUCAAGAAUCAAAAGAUCGCCGUCUUGCUGAAAGUUUGGUGUACGAAGAUGCAUGUAAGCAUGGCUUACAAAUGUUGCCUCGUGCUGACCCAGAGGUUCUCAAAUAUCCAGUGAAGAUCGUCCCUCGUGGUGCCCCACGUCCCUCACCUCCACUCAACGUUGACGUGUUGGAAUCGUCUGUACCAUAAAGGGUUAGUGUUAAGGUUCGUUUAUACCAUACAGUGGUAGAUUAAUUUUCCAAUUCUACCAAGGUACAAAUGCGACUCCACCACCUGGCUCAACUAAAUCUAGGAAAUCUUAAACAGAUCUUUGCAUUUAAAUUACCAGCUAAAAUUUAAGCCAUCUGCUAACUGUUAGUAAGAUAUUUUGAAAGAUGUUAGUUCCAAAUUGCUAUCGUUUGGCAGCUCUCAAUUAAAGUAUUUUGUCAGUUGUCGAUCGAAAAUACAGGCAAUUUUUAGGAGGUCAGGUGACCUCAUUGAGAAGUAAGAAUGAGCACAGAAAUUGCAAGUACCACUUUUGCCCUGCCUCCAAGGAAGAGUUUUGGUGGUCUACUUCGGAUUGUCUGGUGUAAAUGAACCUUGAUUUAGAAAUAUGGCAAUGUUCUAGUGUGUUUAUUGACUGUAUGAUAUAAGUAUGUCUAGCAUUUUAAUUCGUAGCCUUUUACUGUUUAGUCUGUUUUGUUCACGGGCUUCAAGUCUUCGAGAUUGUAAUAGUUGUAGUUUAGUUUAUAUAGCAUUCAAGAGUAUUGGGUUGCACCUAGAUGUAGAGGGGGUAGGGCUUGAUUUCCAGGGGGUGUGCACAACCUUUAUUAAAUAUAUGAUAAAAGCAUUUUUGUAUUUGAGGAUUCGAAAUAAUCGUUUGUAUAAUAAAUCAAGUAGUUAUUAUUUGUAAAAAAAACUUUAAAAAUGAACCAAUGUGUGCCCUCGUGUAGAGCGCGCGUGUGACCCCACGCGUGUAUCAUCGCUCGUUGAAUCCCACGCGUGUAGUUCAUCACGCGUGUAACCACGCGUGUAUGACCACGCGUCGCAGGGUGCAUUUGGAUUAAAAUUGUAUAAAAUGGGAUUUAUGUAGAUAACUUUCCGUAGUUUAUAUCUAGUUGUUAAACAAAGCAAAAAAUUAUGCUGUAGAUGAAAUUCAUAGAAAUAUUAUGUGGACUUUAUUAAACCGUCUCUGUAAAGUUUUGGGAUUUUAGAGUUGGUUAAAGUUUCUUAAAUUAAACACAGUAUGCAAACAAUAGUUGGGUUUCGCUAAGUAGUAUCAGCAUCCCCCCCUGAACGUCCGUCAUUUUGAAUAUUAUCAGGGGGGUGAAUGCCUCUCAUAAGCGCACUGGCUAGGACCAUGGCGUCAGCAUUUUGAUGAUGAAUUAUGCCAAAAUCAUAGGAAAAAGUAAGAAGUCGGGCUUCUGUUUGUCUCUAUUCUGUGACAGUAUGGUACAGUAGAUGGUGGUUAACCUGCAGUUAGCGGAUUAAGAAAGUCAUUAAUUGUAUGUUACCCACUUAUAUUUGGAAAUAUUAGUUUAAUUGUCUUGCUUUAUAGAUUAUAAGUGUAAACAUUUCAAAAGUUGAACACCAUCUUUGCCAUGUCACAAUACCAAUAUUAAAAUUAGCACCAACUAAUGCAUACACGAACGUAGGAUUCUGAAACUUUACAGGGUUAUGGAUACAUCAGAUAUCUCAGAUAAAUCUAUAGUUUGUUGUGAACUCAGUGUAUUUUAUUUAAUGAAACAUGGCUGAACGCGUGUGGCGUGGCAAAAUAUAGAAUUGCUUUUUAUUUAAUGAUUUUUAUAGCGGUAAGCUGGUCAGAUCGAUAUAGCUUUAACAUGUAGCUGUAAAUGACAUAUAGUUAAUUGUAAAUUGAUUAAAAAAAUUCUUUGAACUUGUGUUGUAUUGUUUUGAGUUUCAGCGAUG